GUUUGGACAGUCCAUGAUGCACAUGCAAGUGUCUCCCAGUUGUUACGAACCACUUUUGAUUCGACUUACUAAUAAAUGACGAAUUAGCUCCAUUAAUAACGACAAUAAACUUAGGGCGAUACGUUAAUAAAGAUAUGUGUCAUUUAAUCGCUUUAAUCCGUUUGAUUCAUUGACUGCAAUACGCAUUGUUUUUUUCGGUCGAAAGGUGGACGAAUGUGGUGGAAAUAAUCGGUGAAUUGUGUACCUUAUCGGUGAAGAAAAUAACUGAAGAAAAAUGGCUGUUUUGUCUCUAGUUGGCAGUAAAAUUCUUUUAGCUUUUUUUAAUUUUCUGUUAUUGAUUUGCGGCUUUACUCUUAUAGUUGGAGGGACGCUAGUCCUGUUUGACGCUGAACGAGUACUACUGUCAAGACUUCUAGCCCCCACAGGACCAUUUUCCACAUUUCCGUACCCCUUGCUACACUAUAUCUCCCUAGGAGCUGCUUUAGUUGGGGUGGUGAUAGCGUCUGCUGGCAUUUUAGGGUGCUGGGCAUCGUGUUUCCACAAUUAUUAUUUGUUAAGUGUGUAUUUCUGUCUAGUGAUGAUAGUUCUAGUAGGAGAAUGUGCCAUUUUUGCCAUAGCCUCGAUAUGGCCCAGUUGUAUGGGACUUGGAGUUGAUGUAGACGAAUUGACGCAAGCGAUACAGAGAAAUUAUGGAACCAGUGGUCAAGAACAGUUUACCAACGCAAUAGACUUGGCACAGGCGUCGUUUCACUGCUGUGGUGUUAAAUCUUCAGAAGAAUACGACACAUCUUUCUGGAGAAUGAAGUUGCUGGGACCACGAUUGACAGUUCCACUGAGUUGCUGUAAACUCUCUAAUGAAAACAGAAGCGAUUCCUACUUAAAUCCAGAACCUACAAGCCAAGCAUUAUGCCAGGCUCUGGAUAGAAACCGGCACGAAGGAUUUAGAUAUACCAUGGGUUGUCAAGAACCUCUGGAACGCUGGUACCGCGACCAUUACAUCGCUUUCCUAUGCAUCGGACUUGUGAUAGUCCUCGUGGAGUUUUCAGUUCUUCUAAGCUCUAUAGUGACAUGCACAAGAAUAUACCAUCACAAUCAAGAGAGCCGCGAUAAUGCCCGCAACGCAGAACAAGAUCCAGAUAUUACAACAUCGGCCACCACAACCUUUAAAAGAUCUAAUUCCGAUACUGGGGCGUAUAGUAACGAGACUUACGCACUUACAGGUAAUUUUUCUCAGAAUUAUAAGCUGAGUGAGAGGGUAUGAUGGCAGUUUAUUGGGUACUUGAGACCCGAUCAAAUUUAUGCCGUAGAUUCAAUGUUGUGGUAAAAGCGAUAAUGCGCAUUAACGCUUUAAACUAAAUGAGACUAUAAAUAAACUACUGUUUAUGUUGUUUUAUACAAUUACUUUUAGUUCUAAGGCUUAUUUUAUAUUAUUGACUUUUGUAAAAUAA